AAAAAUUAUUAUUAUCUCAUAAGGUGAUCAUAGGCUAGAUUGUUAAAAAAAAAUGUCCCAAUUUGAGUAAAUGUAGCCAAGCUAUAAAGAUUUGCCCAGAGUUACUAAAAUCAAAUUACACAGAUACAAGCCACGCGAUUAGAUUAAUGUAAAUUUAAGCCUAAAAUGACAUCCAAAUCGGCAAAUCCCCAAAAAAAAAAUCAUUCACUUGAACCACUCGAACCGUCCAGGACUAGACGCAGACUUUUUUCGAGCCGGGUUUAUAUUGAUAAGGUCUACUCCAACUACUAAUCCGUACCUGAUUUUAAGCAGUUAAGCUUAUUCGAGACAAAGCAUUAACAUUUUUGGGCUUCAAUGGCUUGCAAAAACCUUCCACUCACCAACUAUCUCAGUCACUCUUUUCCACUCUUCUCAAAAUCCCCAUCAUCUUCUCCAGCAAAACUUAUUCAAUUUCUGGGCUAUUCAUCUUCUAACUUCACUGGUCUAAAUUCAACUGUUGCAUCAACGAACAACUUCACUUGGGAUGAUGUUAUUCAAAUUGGUCAGUCCAAACCCGACCCAUCUGACCUAACUGGUUUCUUUGAUAAAGUUAGCUCUUGUAAUCGAAAUGUGGAAAAAUUGCGUGAGUUUGUUCCAUUUGUUUUUGAAGAACAAGUUGUUGGUUAUGUACAUAAUGGAUUUGCUGCCCACUUGAGGAGGUUCCAAGAUGUGUUCUCGUUCCCACGAGAUGUUUUGCACAAUGGUCAUUUCGACUGGCAUAUAACACUAAAUCCAGAACUAAAAUCACCUGAAGAUAGGACUUCUGCAGUUGCUAAUGUAAUCAACUGCCUGGGAGAAGAACUGAUUCCAGGUAUUAGGAAUGAGCUCUACCCUGUUACAUCAUGCUUUGGGACGCGAGCGUUUUUCUCACUAGAACGUGCCGCGGCUCCUUAUUUUGGAAUAAAGGCAUAUGGAGUUCACAUGAAUGGCUAUGUUGAAAAAGAAGGUCAGAAGUUUCUUUGGCUGGGAAAGAGAAGUCAAGCAAAGUCCACAUUUCCAGGGAUGCUUGAUCAUCUUGUUGCUGGAGGAUUGCCUCAUGGAAUUCCUUGUGGUGAGAAUAUGAUGAAGGAAUGUGAAGAGGAAGCAGGAAUAUCCAUAUCCAUCUCCAAAAAAGUUGAACCAGUUGGGGCUGUCUCUUACAUGGAUAUCAAUGGAGAUAGGCUUAAGAGAGAUGUUCUUUUCUGUUACGAUCUCAAGCUUCCUGAAGAUUUUGUUCCUGAUAAUAAUGAUGGUGAGGUGGAGAGCUUCAGGUUGAUCCCUGUUCCACACGUAGCAAAUGUGAUUAAGAGAACCCAAUUUUUUAAGUCAAAUUGUACUCUUGUCAUCAUUGACUUCCUUUUCCGACAUGGAUAUAUAUGUCCUGAAUACACCGGAUACUUGAAGCUCCUUCAGAGUUUAAGGAGUGGAGACUGCUCCUGAAUCGGCUUUAGCAUGGAUUGUUGUUAUUGGAGAUGUCUUAAAACAAUGUGUACAGUUGAAGCUUGAAUUGUAAUUACCUUGUACUCUUGUAUGGAUCAAUGGAUGAACAUAAGUUUCUGCAACAGUUAUCUGUCUUUUCUGACAAGGGGAUUAACUUGUAAUUUUGCUGUUGAUUACUAUAUAGAAUUCAGUUGCACUGAAAAAACUCUUAGAGGGAUUGACUGUAUUGAGGUUAAAUUUGUGGCUCUUUUGCCUCCUUAUGAACUAAAGGGGAAUACAUGUAUGAGUUGCUAGCAAAAUGUUGGAGGUUUUAUUAAAAAAAAAAAUAGGUUUUCAAGUCUUGUUCUCUUCGUUGCUCUACAUGAUCAUCUUGUAUAAGUAAAUUAAGCAUAGAAUUGUGGAUUUUUUGAAAAAUCAAUUUCAUAGAAUAUUGCUUAGAGUUCUAAUGUAACCAACACACUAAAAAAUAAUUAUAACCAAGCGGUAGAGUUGGGGGGAACUUACUUGUGACUUACUAUGACAGGAACACACAAGAAUUUUUUUUCCAUAGAUCCAAGUUUUUUUUUUUUUUUUUUAAACAUACGAUCUCACCUAAAACCCGCUCUUACAUUAAUCGGGUCAAAACCGCCCACACAAACCGGGCAAAACCCAAAACAAUAGGGUUUUUAUAUAAAGAAGCAAACGAGCAUCACAAGCUCCUCAACGUAGAAUGAGGCAGGGAGAGGCCGUGGGAGUUUCCGAGGACCGUUUGCCACUCUCGCUUUGAUAACCCACCACCGUUUACGGCGUUCGGUAAUCUUAAGCCGAUGAUUUCUCCGACCACCGUUAAAACGGCCCUCAAACAAGGAUCAGCUUCUUCAAUUAUGGCACUGUCUUUCCCUUUCUUCCUCCCUUUCUAUCAAACUUGGUCACUAAUUGGCCUAAUUAUUACUACUACUCCGUAUUAUACUUCGUAUUAUUUAUUUAUUUAUCAUCUUCAUUAUUAUUAUUAUUAUUACUACCUCCGUUUUUUCCAUUGAGGCUAUGAUGAAUUCGAUCGUUCAAUUUAAUCGAAGUUUUUUCUGGGUUUUGAUCGUGUUUUUCGAGGUGGGUAGUUUUCCAUUUGGCUUGGCAGCAACUUGAUCGGCAUUUUUGGUUGCGACGGUGGUUGUGACGGCGGCGGCGGCGGUGGUGGUUGUGACUGGAAAGUGGAAACUAAGGCUUUGUUUAGUUCAUCUUAUAUUUGUUAAUGUCGAUCUUGUUUGGUUGCCGCCAUGGUUGAUUUUCUUCACCUUGAAAAUGCUCCCCCAAAAAAAGCUUUGGUGAAAUUCGGAUCUGAGCCUCCCCCAAACACCUCCCUAAAAAAGGAAGAAAAAAGAUCAAGUUUUAUGAAAUUAUGAUGUGGGUUUUUAUGUUUUGCUUGUGAUUUUUGCAUGUUUAUGAUCUUGUGAGUGUAAUUUGCUGUUUGGGUGGUGAUUGUUUCUUGCUAAGUUUUACAGAAAUGGUGAAAGUAAUGUGUUUUUUUUUUCAAUGUGAUUUAUUGCAGGUUUUGGUGAAGAUAUUAUGAGGGAAGUGUUGAUGAUGUGGCUAAUGGGUUUUUGAAUUAUGCUUUGUCAUAUGCUAUCAACUUUCUGGAGGUAAUGCCUCUCUAUUUCAAUUGUAGCUUUGUCAUAUGCUAUCAACUUUUUGGAGGCUGUUGGUGUUUCUUCCCUUUUUUCAAUUGGCAUUGUCAUGGAAAGAUCAUGGCUCAUUGCUUGGAUAGAGAAGAAAGAAGCAAACACUUUCCUGGACAUCUUUUCUCAAAGGAGAUCAAAUUUCUUUGCCCCGUUGAAUGAUUUCUCCCAAACUCAGCUCCAGGAGAUUCAUUUCACUACUACAAUAAGUUCAGAUUAGUGAAAUCAGAUGGAGGAAGUGCUUUCUCACUGGGGCUGGAGAAAUAAAGAUAGAAGGCUUACCGUGGGCUUGGCAGUGAGCUGAAGCUUUACUUGAGUUGCCGCCAGGCCAUCUGAUUGUGGUCUUUAGUUUUCUCUUCUUGACGCCUACCACCAACUGCUGAUGAAGUUCUCCUUCAUGAGCUGAACUCUCACCUAUUCACUUGGAUGUGCUCUGAAUUAACCUGCACCAUUUUUACGCAUUUUGAGACAUUGAUGAAGAAAUACACAGGAUUACAGGAAGCGUGUUGGUUCCAGGAGAAUGUUAGAUUUUAUUUGGUUCAAUGAAACAUUGUAUCUUAUGUAAAGUGAAAUAAUCAGUAAAGUGAUUAUUGUAUGGUCCCAAAAUUUGGAA